AUGAGGCUAAUGGGAGAAUACAGAAGCACAUUGUUGUGUUCUCUCAUUGGCAUUGUUGUUGUGCUUGCAUUUGUUCUGAAUGGAGCCAAUGGAGACAACCCUUAUAGAUAUUACACUUGGAAAAUCACUUAUGGUGAUAUCUACCCAAUGGGUGUCAAGCAACAGGGAAUCUUGAUAAAUGGGCAGUUUCCAGGGCCACAUAUUGACUGCGUUACAAAUGAUAACUUGAUUAUCAGUGUUUACAACUACUUGGAUGAGCCUUUCCUCCUUUCUUGGAAUGGCAUACAACAAAGGAAAAACUCAUGGCAAGAUGGAGUUCAAGGCACCACCUGCCCUAUCCCACCCGGCAAAAACUUCACUUACAUGCUACAGGCAAAGGACCAGAUUGGUUCCUAUUUCUACUUCCCUUCCCUUGGAAUGCAGAAGGCUUUCGGGGGCUUUGGUUCAAUUAAAGUAUAUAGCCGUCCUCAGAUACCCGUACCAUUCCCACGACCUGAUGGAGAUUUUAUUGUGCUGACUGGGGAUUGGUUCAAAAUGCAAAGUCACAAACAAUUACGGUAUAUCUUGGAUAGCGGGCGCAGUCUUCCUGCUCCAGAUGGGCUUUUGAUUAAUGGCCGUGGCUGGAAUGGUUACACAUUUACAGUUGUACCUGGAAGGACAUACAGGUUUAGAAUAUCGAAUGUUGGGAUUGCUACUUCCCUUAACGUCAGAAUUCAAGGACAUGCUAUGAAACUAGUGGAGGUUGAAGGAUCUCAUACCAUCCAGAACUUCUAUUCUUCAAUAGAUGUUCAUCCAGGACAAUCGUUUUCUGUCCUAGUAACUGCAAACCAGGCUCCAAAGGAUUACUACUUUGUUGUUUCUUCACGGUUUAAUAAUCACGUUCUCAACACAACUGCUGUUCUCCACUACAGUAACUCGUGGACCAAAGUUUCGGGUCCUGUCCCUGGAGGGCCUACUUCUGACAUUGUUUCAUCCCUUUACCAGGCCAGGUCAAUCCGCCGGAACUUGACAGCAAGCGCACCAAGGCCUAAUCCGCAAGGGUCCUAUCACUAUGGACUGGUCAAGCCUCAACGUACAAUCGUUCUUGCCAACUCUGCGCAGUAUAUUAAUGGGAAGCAGAGAUAUGCUGUGAAUAGGGUCUCAUACAUUCAGCCCGAUACGCCUUUGAAGUUGGCCGAUUACUUCAAAAUAGGGGGAGUGUAUAAUCUUGGGAGCAUCUCUGACUACCCAACAAGUGGCAAUGCCUAUUUGUCAACCGCUGUGAUGCAUGCUGAUUACAGAGGGUUCUACGAAAUUGUGUUCCAAAACUGGGAAAACACUUUCCAGACAUGGCAUAUCGAUGGCAAUUCUUUCUUUGUCGUUGGAAUGGAUGGAGGGCAAUGGACUCCAGGAAGUAGACUAAAAUACAAUUUGAGAGAUGCAGUUUACCGGUGUACUACUCAGGUAUACCCCAAGUCAUGGACAGCAAUAUACAUUGCUUUGGACAACAUGGGAAUGUGGAACAUAAGGUCGGAAACCUGGGAAAGACAGUACUUAGGGCAGCAGUUCUACAUGAGGGUAUAUGCACCUUCGAAUUCGAUGAGGGAUGAAUAUCCAAUUCCAAAGAAUGCCCUACUUUGCGGCAGGGCGUCGGGACGUCACACCAGACCUCUGUGA